CCAAAGGGGCACCGACUCUCUCCCAGGGGAAGCCCCACUAAUGGAGUCUGCGUCUGCAGGGGAUGAUUUGGGGAAUUUAUUAACACAAAAUUAUUUAUGGGUCAGAGAAGAAGGUGGUUCUGGUUGGUGGGUCUUGCUCAAUUUUCUCUACACACCAUCUUCCUUGUCCCCACUCCAAUCCCGGAACCCUCCACCAUUUGCGAGAGAGAGAGAGAGAGGGCAAGAAAGUUACUGGUAAACAGAAAACCAAUUUAAAAGAUAAUUGAAAUUCUUGCAGAUACGGCAGCAAUAUAGUUGCUGCUUUCUUCCUUCGCUUUAAAGUCGACACCAUCCACAGACACCGAGAGAGAGAGAGAGAGAGAGAGAGAGAGAGAGUUCUUCUUCAGAUCUGUGUCUGAGUUUCUUCUUGACUCGGGUUGACUCGAUUUGGAAUGGUUCCUUCUACAGCUUAACUCUCAACUGGUUAAAGAGAAGACGACGACGACGACGACAAUGUCUUGGAAGAGCAGAGGAGCCGAGACAACUUCGAAGAGUGUUGUUUCGCGGAAACUGACUCUUCUGCUCUGUAUCGGAUGCUUCUGCGCCGGAAUGCUCUUCACCGACAGGAUGUGGACAGUGCCAGAAGCUAAAGGAAUUCCAAGGAAAAUGGGGAACGAAGAUGAAAGGCUAAAAAUUUUGGAUGGGUGUGAUCCAAAUCUAAAGGAUGGAAAGGAAGAGUCAAAGGACAUAUUAGGGGAGGUGUCAAAAACUCAUCAUGCUAUACAAACACUUGAUAAAACAAUUUCGAAUUUAGAGAUGGAAUUAGCUGCUGCAAGGGCUGCCCAGGAUUCUAUUCUUACUGGUUCUCCCAUAUCUGGAGACUUGACGAUUGCAGAGCCUACUAAGAAAAGAAAAUAUCUCAUGGUCAUAGGUAUCAACACUGCUUUUAGCAGCCGAAAGAGAAGAGACUCAGUCCGUGCUACAUGGAUGCCACAAGGUGAUAAAAGGAAGAAACUCGAGGAAGAAAAGGGUAUCAUAAUCCGAUUUGUAAUAGGUCACAGUGCUACUUCAGGUGGUAUUCUUGAUAGAGCUAUUGAAGCAGAAGAUAGGAAGCACGGAGACUUUUUGAGGCUGGAACAUGUUGAGGGGUAUCUUGAACUGUCAGCCAAGACAAAGGCAUAUUUCACUACAGCUGCGGCUCUGUGGGAUGCAGAUUUCUAUGUCAAGGUUGAUGAUGAUGUUCAUGUAAAUAUAGCAACACUUGGCGCAACUUUAGUGAGGCAUCGGUCCAAACCCCGGGUGUAUAUUGGAUGCAUGAAAUCUGGCCCUGUCCUUGCUCAGAAAGGAGUAAGAUAUCAUGAACCUGAGUACUGGAAAUUUGGUGAAGAGGGAAACAAGUAUUUCCGUCAUGCUACAGGACAGCUAUAUGCUAUUUCAAGAGAUUUGGCUACAUAUAUAUCAAUAAAUCAGCAUGUGCUACACAAGUAUGCCAAUGAGGAUGUUUCCUUAGGAUCUUGGUUUAUUGGAUUGGACGUGGAACAUAUAGAUGACCGGAGAUUAUGUUGCGGAACCCCACCUGAUUGUGAGUGGAAAGCUCAGGCUGGCAAUAUCUGUGUUGCUUCCUUCGAUUGGACCUGCAGUGGGAUCUGCAGAUCUGCUGACCGGAUCAAGGAGGUUCACCGCCGGUGUGGGGAAGGUGAAAAUACUUUGUGGAGCGCAGUUUUCUAACAAGCAAAAUCUCUUCCAACCUCUGGAGGAGGCAACAGAUCCAAUCUUGUAUCUACAACCAGAAACAGGUCAAUACACGAGCUUGUAUCAGGAUUAUGAUCACGAUGAAUUGUGACACGAACUUGUAAAAUAUGAGUGUAGGAGAGAGCGUGAGAGGGGCUGAAGGAUUCUUCUCCGUUUUAGCCAAGGAGAGAGCCUUACAGCAACACGAUAGAGGAGCAAGACUGUGUAAAGCCCCAAUUGGAGGGCCAUAUUCUUUCUUGGACAUUAGUAUCACAAUAAGUAGCAAUUCAGGACUGGCAUGUGCUGCUCUUUGCUUCAUCUGUUUGAAACUUUGAUUAGUUUGAUCUCCUUUCCUUAGUGAUUAAAGGCCCUAUCUUUCAUGUA